AUGACUGAAGCUGUUGAAGAACUCAUGAAUACGACGGAUUUUACCACGAUCAACACUGCUGAAUGGGUUGUGUUCCUCAACCAGCCUGCCGAAGUGCUUGAGGGAUGGGACGCUACUAAGAAACAUCGAAUGUUUUCUCUCCUACAUGAUGCGCUUAUCAGUGGAGGAGGACUUCAGAAACGACUGGUGGACACCACUGGGGCUCAAGUAGAUGAACAUGUCAAGAGUUUGGAGGCCAGCUAUUUGACUCAGGUGGUGAGGGAUGAAGAGGAUGAGACAGAGAAGAAAGGAUGCAUCCAAAAAACUAUGUGCGUGUUGUGCGUCACUGCAGCAGCUACUGUAGCAACAGGUCUAAUUGUUACAUGCGCGUCGACAGUGUUUACUUCGAUCCAUGGAGUUACACCUGCAGCGGGACCUGCAGCGGCGGUUUUCUAUACACCGAUUGUUCUACAAUUUAUUGCAUGCGCGUCCAAACCGACAGCUGCUGCUCUGGGUGCGUCAGCUGGGUGCGUUAGCUUAUGGCUCUGUCAAGAUAUUCAGUAA